AUGGUUUAUAAAGACAGGACAUCAGAAUUUGGAAAUUUAGCAGAGACUUUAAGAAGAAAACAGGAACAAAAUGGACAAUUAUCAAAUAGAAAUGCAAAAAAAACUUCACAAAAAUCCCAAUUCUCUUAUGCUGCUGCAGAGAUAAGUAAAGGUGUUUACGAGACAACAGAAAAGUUAUUAAAGUUAACUAAUAUGGCAAAAAAUACAAAAUUAUUUAUGGACUCAUCAGCACAAAUCGAAGAACUAACAUUUAUAAUUAAACAAGAUAUUCAAAAAUUAAAUAAUGAUUUAUCAGCACUUGACCAAUAUGUAAAAACAUCAAGACAACCAAAUAAACAAACUGGUGAUCAUUCAGAAACCAUUGUUGGAUUUUUAAAUUUAAAAUUAAAGAAUGCCACAAAGGAUUUUAAAGAUAUUUUAGAAGUUAGAACAGAGAGUUUAAAACAACAACAGGAAAAAAAAGAUAGUUUUGCAGGUUACACAAAUAAUCUAGCAGUAUCACCCUAUUCCAAUAGCAAUAAUAACAAUAGUAAUAGUAAUGAUUCACCCAAAGGAGAGAUGUUACGGCACCGUAAUACUUCGAGUCAGGAUGAUGAUACAAACGAACACUCAAUUUUAAUGCCACAAGAAUUAAUGAUGCACACUACAGAUUACUCAUCAAGUCGUUUAAGAGCAGCAGAGAAUAUAUCAAGUACAAUUCACCAAUUAGAAGGUAUUUUUACACAAUUAGCAAAUUUAGUAUCUAUGCAAGGUGAGGUUAUAGAAAGAAUUGACUCUAAUAUAGACGACUCGUUAAUGAAUAUUAGUAGAGGUCAUGACUCUCUUGUCCAAACACUUUUAAAUAUAUCAUCCAAUCGAAGCUUAAUUAUUAAAAUAUUUUUAGUUUUAAUAAUAUUUGUUGUAAUUUUUGUUGUUUUCUUUGCUUAA